AUGCUGUCCACAGAAGAUGAAAAGGAAUUGGUCCAUGUAAAAUCCUCAGUUCGCGUAGAAGGAACAAAGAAUGCAGUUGGAUUGGAAUUCUUCGAACAAGCUCAAGACAUUUCUAGCGAAGAAAUAGAGCUCCAAUACAAGAGAAUCUUAAGAAAGUUGGACUAUAGAAUUCUCCCACUCUUAUGUUUUACUUACAUGCUCCAAUUCUUGGAUAAACUUUCGUUAAAUUAUGCUUCUGCUUACACAUUGAAAGAAGAUUUAGGGCUAUAUGGUCAAAGAUACUCAUGGGUAGCAGCCAUCUUCAACUUUGGAUACCUUACUGGUGCUCUUCCUUCAAACUAUAUUAUACAGAAAGUUCCUGUUGCGAAAUACACUGGUUGUAUGUUGUUUGUUUGGUCCAUAUUACUUGUCAGCCAUGUGGGUGCAAAAAAUUAUGGUGGAAUUUUGGUUUUGAGAUAUUUAUUAGGUAUGUUGGAAAGUGCCAUAUCCCCUAGUUGUAUGAUGAUUUGUGGGUUGUUUUACCCAAAAGAGGCACAGCCAUUGCGAAUGGCAGCCUUCUUGAGUUGUAAUGGGAUCGCUACAAUGGUUGGGGCACUCUUGAGUUAUGGGUUGGGGUAUUCGAAAAGUUCUGUAAUCAAGGAAUGGCAACUUAUUUUCAUGGUUAUUGGAUUAUUGAACUUCACUUGGGCAUUUGUAUUUCUUUGGCUAUGUCCUGACUCUCCUGAACGUGCUAAAUUUUUGACUGAUCAUGAGAAAUCAAUUGUCAUUGAAAAAGUGUCUCAUAAUAACAUGGGAAUCAAGGAAAAGGAAUUCAAAAGGUAUCAAAUGAAUGAAGCCCUCUUGGAUAUCACGGUAUGGAUGAUGGCAUUGAUAGGACUUGCAUGUGGAGUGGUUAACGGUGGUAGCUCGAACUUUUCUCUGACAUUAAUCAGAGGGUUUGGAUUUUCGGGUUUGAAUGCAACAGCUUUGCAGCUCCCUACGGGUGCCAUUGAAUUCGUAUUGGUUUUCGCUUGUGGUGUUGCAGCCAUAUAUCUUAAGGAUACGAGAAUCAUAUUUUUAGUGUUGCUCUGUAUACCUGGUCUUUCGGGACUUAUUGGAAUACAUAUUAUUCCCUUGAGAUACAAAUGGGCACUUGUUGGUUGCACUUGGUUACAAUUUAUUAUUGGAGGACCGGUUAUCUUUUCAUGGAUGUGUCUCAAUGCUAAUAUUGCCGGUCAUUCAAAGAAAACUAUUACUACAGGGAUAUGGUUCACUUUUUAUGCUGCUGGAAAUAUUAUUGGAGCCAAUAUCUUUUACGCAUACCAGGCACCCAAAUAUAUCUCUGGGAUGAUUGGUUUGAUCACCUCGUAUGUGGGUAUAAUGGUACUCGCCAUACUAUAUCGAUUCUUGUUGGUUUGGAGAAAUAAAUCAAGAGAUAAGGAACAGAAUGGAUAUUCUGAGGAAACGGCUAGACAGGCAAUCCUUGAUGGGUUCAAGGAUAUGACCGAUAAGGAAAACAGAGGCUUUAGAUACUCUUUAUAG